GCCAGGAAGAUCGAUGCAUCUGUGUCGGUGUAUCCGAAACGCCAACUGCACGGUUUGACGAUGAUGAUCGUUGUUGAGAGCGUCGGUGGCGGUGGUGGUAAAGCUCUCCGGCCUUUGAAGUGGCUGAAGGUCUGUCUAUCGGCAUGGCCGCCGCUGCCGUCGCACUGCCAUCCAGUCCGUCGGCAGACCUCGAGUAGCGAACGUCACGUGUAUGUGCGACGAUUUUUCCAACUGGGAUCGCUCAGCUUUUGAUACAGCUGUCAUUGCACUCGGUUUACGGAAUGCGCUCAACGCUUCGGAACGGUUUGGGCUGACCUUUGCUUCGCCGAUCUCGUUGCGGCCGCGAAAUUUUUUGGUCUUUUAGUGUGUGAAUUUUCUGAAAUUUUUCCGAACGCCGUUCUUCAAUCCCAGUUCCCAUCCGUGUUUUAAUUGCCUCAUUAUCCGAACGCAACUCAGAGAAUUAGACGUCAUUCUGCAAUGAUGUCGUACGAUUAUCCGCAUCCGGUUUCCAGGACUUAUCAAUACAAAAAGAUAACCAAACCUCUUCUGGAACGGAAACGGCGUGCUCGUAUCAACCGGUGCCUUGACGAACUCAAGGAUCUCAUGGUCGACGCUUUGGAGACAGAAGGAGAGAACAUCAGCAAGCUCGAAAAGGCCGACAUUUUAGAGCUGACUGUACGGCACCUUCAACGUCUUCAGGCUUCGCGACCUUCCGGAUUGUCGACAGUCGCUGUCCCAGGUGAAGAUUCGUCCGAGAGCCGAUGGCGAUCAGGCUUUGGACACUGCGCUGCUGAGGCUUGUAGAUUUCUCACCGCUCUUCCUGGAGAAGCUGCCGAUCGGCUUGCUCGACAUCUUGCUUCGGGUCUUCAAGCCACCAGGCAAAUAGAGAUCCAGGUCCCGCAAAGAGCGAAUUCCCCUCCUUCGUCUCCGAUGACGUCAAGAUCAUCGCUAGUUUCGCCAACCUUAGGGAGCUUGGACAAAACGGCGAAGCUUUUGGUGAGGUCGGUAAGCCCUGCCGGCAGCAGCACCAGGGGUUCACCACCCCCGAGACAGAAUUCGUCUCCACGGGUAACGCUGCAUCCUUACCGUGGUGACAAGGUUAACGUCACCGAACGGCCGCACACUCCUCCUUGUCAAGUCGGUAAAGAAUUGGCGCCGCCGAGCCUCGUCGGUAAAGAAACACAGAUCUCGAUCCCUCGGGCUGGAUGCUCCAUCGAUCUCUCCCCCGAUAAUCGGUUACCGACGGUCGAUCGUCAGGCCAGAACCGAUCCUAACGCUCAACCAGUUGCCGAUGACGACGAAGAGAUCGACGUCGAGAAUGUUGACGAUGGUGAUCCGAUGUGGAGACCCUGGUAGUCAGGCCAACAUCGUUCUUCAUGCUUCGGGCGAUGGUAGGUGAAGCCCUACUUAACCGACUGCAAUCGCGUUGAUGGUAGCAGAUUUUGAAUUUUUGUUUUCCAUGCUUACAUUCGAAUAAAUUUAUUAAAUUCUAGAUUUGAAAUAAUGAUUAAGAAUUACAAUCAAAAAAGCAGAAACCUAUUAUUUCAAUUGCACGUACAUUUGUUUUGAUAUAUAUUGUUUUUCAAAUAGUAAUCAAUAUAGUAUUCCCGUUCCUGAUUUUGUUAAAAAAUCUACAGCGCCUUUUUCGUCGACUAUUCGAUCAAUUUUCGCAAUCGUGUCAUCGCUUCAAUAUGCAGAACGCGUUAUUUUUCCGUACAUUUUUUUUUAUCAUAAGCCUACUCGUUCAUUUAAUAUAUAUACAUAGAUUAUUUAACGGGUUCAUUUCGUGAUUCGAAAUAAUUAUAUAUUCAUCUGCGAUGACAAUGUGAUACAUAUUUGCUUCAUGUUAGUUCUUUUUAAAUUAAUUUAGGGAUACGGUAAGAUUUUUUCUUAUGACUUGUACGAAUACUGUAUGUUAGUUUAAGUUGUCGCUUAAUUCUAUUCCCCUGAGUUGUUCUCCUAUAGCUUAUGAUUCAUGAAAAGUAUGCAAUAAUUCCGCAAAAAUUGUCUUAUUGUCGUCUUGAUAUCAUAUUUGUUCAAGUUGAGAGUUGCAAUAUAAAACAUAAUUAACCGGCAAGGCCCAUUUCUAGAUUCCAACAGGUUGAUUGAUCGUCAUAGGAACUACUCGUAUCCGAUUUAGAUUCAAAAAUCAAAUUCAGGGUAGAAUACCUCACGAGUUAUAUUAGAAACAAGAUAAUCUGUGAUUGUUUAUUUUAUUCUAAAGCGUAAUGUAUUUAUAUUAAUAUUAUAUGACACCUUACGAUUACUAAUUGUUAAUUUUAACAUCGACACGGUAAUGAUUAUACUACAAAUAGCCUUGACUCUAACCGCAUAGAAUAGAUGCAGCUAUGCUCGUUUUUGAAUUAACCGAAGGAAAUCAUCUGCAGGUAUAGGUGAAUGUCGAUGAGGCUGUACACGACAGAUAAGUGAUCUUUCAAAUCUGCAAUGAUUUUAAUACUGCUACAUCUAUUUUUGUACAAAGCGGAAACGAAACUUUAUUCACUAUAUAACACACAUAUACGAUAAUGUUGAUGAUUUUGGUACGUGGCUUUAACGUAGUAGUUUGUAGAAUUCAUACGAAUGUAUCCCAGGUUAUCAUUAUUAUUCUGUUACUUUGUAGAUCUACAAAUACAGUAUGUAUGUAUACAUAAAUAUAUACAUAUAUAUAUAGUAUUACGUCAAACUAAUGUGAAUGAUUAGUUAAUUUUAUUCGUAGAUUAUUGCUGUUAAUAUUUAUAAGGAGAAAUCUAUUAUAUAGUUAUGAAUGCUGAACUUACGAAUUGAACAAACUUUAUUUAUAUACUAUAAUUGUAAUACGUCUCAUUCGUAUCAGUUCUCGCAAGAUUUCGUCUCUGAUCCACUCAAGGUAUUAUUGCUGUAAUCGAAAAUUCAAGACGUUCACUCGAAGCAAUUAAAUUUUUAAGCAUGGAGAAGGCCGAAGAUCAUUAAUUAUCGUCGGGAUCCACAUGAAAAGCCUUUCUAUUCGUUCCUUUUUUUGUGACACACAGUCGCGAAUGAAUUUAAUCUCAUUAUUAUGUUGGUUGCAUUUGUCAUGAAGUUUGUAACAUUA